AUGGCCCUCCCGUUGCCUCGCGGCCUGGUGCCGAACGAGGUGGCAUUUCUAUGCGAAAUGGAACUCGUCACAGUCAUGCCGCGGCAACGGCUGGACAGCAUUGAGCUUCUCGGAGGCCCUACACCCUCCCUCCGGCCUCCACGACGAAGCAAUAUCCCUCUGUGGCUUGCCAUACUUUUAAAGAAGCAGCGCCGCGCCAACAUCAUUGCCCCAGCGUGGCUGCACCCGGAAUCACUUCGCGACAUCAUUCAACACGAGACCAAGACCGACACGAGCGGCUGGGCGCCUCCUCCGCCACCACCUGUACGUGCCGAUUCGCGCGGCAACGCCAGACGGAUCAACGGCGACGACCCGGACGAGACGGUGCUGUCGCCACCGUUCCUGCCAUCCUGCACGGCGAACGCGCCGUCGGGCGCCCUGCCCUACCACUGGCUCGAGCUCGCGGAGAUGCUGCUUACACAUGCCGGCGACGAUGUGCCCUCCGCAUCCGAGGUGCGUUCGCUCCUGCGCGAUCUGCAAGAGGUGCGCGGCGCCAAAAUGCGCGCGAGCACAACGCAGCUGGAGGGCGGCGUGGACGGCGUCAUGAGCCUGCGCGGCGUGGGAGCCAUGGAGCUCGCCGAAAGCAGGGGCUUCGUGACCGCUGUGGUUGAGGGCGUACGGAAACUUGGUGCGAGCACGGAGACGACGCGUAGAGAAGAGGAGGAGGAGGGUGGCGGCGCUGGUGCCGACGACGACGGCAGUGAUGAUGACAUGGGGCUGUAA